AUUUUUUAGCAAGAUAGUGAGUUCUCAAGUGGGAUCUGCUGUUUUGCAGAAUUCAGUGCAAAUGUAAAGUUAUAUCAAAGAAACAGCUUUCCUCUGCAACCUUACUGGUGAAGUGGUAAUACAAUGAAGGGCCUUAUCACUGGUACCCAAAAAAGACAGUAUAAAACAUGUGAGGCAGAGGAUAUUAAGCUAAACAUUGCAGAUAACUCAGGUAUCCGUUCACCCAAAGCCUCCCCUCGACGCACCCCAAAGAAGCGUAAAAGUAGACCCUCCUUCAGAAUCCCAUCCUGCAAAAGGACCCUAGACAUACCUUCCUCCCCCAACCUCUCAACUACAGACAUACCUGAAUUGGGAGAUAGGAAAGAUAAUGAGACUUUCCCUAGUUUAGAUAUCAGCGACAGUGAUGGUAGUGACUCUGAGGACACUGGAAUCUUCAGUAAUAACGAUAUUGAAGUAUUAUCCGUUAAAAAGUCGGCUGAGUUUUUGUUAGUGUCAAGUGAAACUUGUGAGGAGGACAAAGUGAAGGAAAAAGAUGAAAUCAGAAUAGUGGGAGCUCCAGAAACUGAAAAAUCUGAUGAUAAAGACAGCUCGGCAAAAGAAGAAUUAGCUAAAGACGAACCAGUAAAAGAUGACUCAGAUCUAAACGCCAGGGACAAAGGCAACAUAGAAAAAGACAAAUCAGAAAAAGAGAAACCUGCAGAAGUCAAAUCAGUAGACCACAAAUCAGCAGAAGAAAAAUCUGCAGAAGAGAAAUCAACUAAACUUGACUCAGUUAAACUCGAGUCAGCUAAGGACAAAAAGAAAUCUGAUGACGUAGACGAAGGCUACUUUGACUCCUCCUACAUCGACCUAGAGAAAAUUCUAGAAAAACCAAACAUUGACGUUUCAACCUCAACACUCCCCCCUGUAACAAUAACCGUCACAGGACUGUCACAGAACUAUCACAGAACUGUCACAAAAGACCUUGAUUUAGUUGAUAUCCUCAACAGAGACUUCCAAUCUAAACUGUGUCUGACAACUGGAGUGCAGACAGAUAAAGUGGAGGGUGAGGGUGAGGGUGAGGGUGAGACUAAGAGGAGGAAGGUAAGCAAGGCGUGUCAGAUAACAGAUGAAGCGGUCAACACCCUCAAUAAGAAGUUAUUGAAUCUGCGGAAUAAGCUGAAUAAAGUAAUAGUUGAGAAGGAUAGUGUUGUUGAGAAGAAUAGUAGGUUGGAGGGGAGAUGCUCGGGUCUCAAUACAGAGAGAUUAUCACUACUCGCCCAAACUGAAGCUCUUCAAAAUGAGUGCGUUAAGAAGAUGUACGAUAAUGACAAACUAACAGAGAAGGUAUCACAAAAAGAGUGUCACGUGGCAACACUAAAAGAGUCACUAGUACUAAGAGAUAAGGAGCUUAACUUGCUACACAGACAACCCAACAGUACUGCUGGACUUACCAAACAGAUCAACGAGUACAGAGAACUAGAGAUGUUAAGAGUAGAUAACAUUCGUUUACUGCACGACAACCGCGCUCUAACCGGUUCUCUUGACUCUCUUAACGGUCAGUUAUGUGCGCUGAGACGAAUCAGUAGGAACUAUGACGAGUGUAAGGACAGUGUUAUACUAAUGAACAAGAGAUUAGCUCAAGAUAACGGGGUUAUAUCUGCUAAUUUGAGUAGUGUGAAGAGAGAGCUGAAAUCUGUUUCUCAGGAGCACCAAGAGACACUAGAAGAGGUACGUUACUUGCGCGCGAGCACAAAGCGCAGUGCUGAUCAGUGCGACGCGCCCCAUAAGGACGAGCUGUGUAACGAUGUUACGGAAGAUAACAGAGUGCUGUGUAAACAGAACAGUGAGCUUAAACAUUGUGUUGAGAUGCUACGCGGGGAGGUUGAUACUCUACACACGGAGCUAAGUAACACUCGCUCUGCUCACUCUGCAUUUGAUAAGGUACUUCAGGAGAAGUGCGACCUUCAGAAACAGCUACAAGACGUAGAAUCCCGUAACGAUGAACUUUGGACAAGCGUAGAAGAUUUACGGCACCGCUGUGCAGAACAAUGUGACACCAACAGACAACAAACACACGAACAUAACAUAGUGUUUGGGGAGAAUGAAGAGCUGAGAGCUGGUAAUGAGGAGUUGAGUGAGAGGGUGGAGGUGUUGCGGAGGAGAUUAGAUGAGGAGGUACAGAAGAAUGCCGGUAUGGCUAAACAGAUAGAGGAGUUGACGUGUUCACUGUCGGACGCGAACCUCUCAGUACAGGAUCUACACAACACCAUGGAGUUUCUCCAAGUGGAGCACAGCUUUAUUGAAGCUGAUGUGGAAAAUAAGAAUGAGUCAAUACACGAGCUUAACGCGAAGAUAGAAGAGUUGAGUAGAACGAAGGAGGACAUGGUCACCAAAUGUAAAACUAAGCUGAGAGAGAAGACUAAGAAACUUAACGCUUCAAGAAUUAAACUGGGGUACGCAUUACUGGAGAUGAGGGAGUUGAACUCACACGGAUCAUCUUGCUCAGAGUGAACUGGCUUCACAGAGUAAAACCUAAAACCUAGUUAAUUUCUCUAAUUAAUUUAACUAAUUAAUUGGAUUAAAUCGUGUGGUCAAAAUUUGUCAAUUAUGAGACCGUUGACCACGGCUGGCCGGGGAAAUUAUGAAUGAUCAGAGACUGUUUGUGGAGCAAAACUCCCAGAUUUUUAUAUUUGAUGUGUGGGUCCUAGUAUUCAGAUCACUUUUUCAGAAAAUUGUGUGCAGUAUUGUGUUUAUUAUUACUUGUUGUUGUUAUUAUUGACACGUGGUAUAUUUACUCAAAGUCUUCGACUUUAAGGCUCGUUUGAAUUUGUCGAUAUUGUAACUGUAACUUUAUCAAAGAUGUGUACUUUGAAAAGUUGUAUCUGAAAUGUUCAGACUUACUAACUUACUGUUUUGAUUUUAGUCUAAUAUAUUUCAAAUAUUUCUUUGGCCGAAAAGUAUGGCCUAGGCCCUCCCUUGUUUUUGUUGGGUUGGGUAAUGUCGAUUUUGUUUGUAACUAACUUUGAUUCUAUUGGGAUUGGAUAUCUUAAAUUGUGGAUUGUAAUUAGUUCAGCUAUUUGAUUUUGAAAUAAA